AUGAAAAUUUCAAGUUUAAUUUUGGUAUUUUUCUACUAUACUAUAGUUUUAGUAAAUAUUUCCGAACAACAACAACUACCCAAUAGCACAACGGUUUCGAUAUGUAAUUUCACUGCAUGUAACUCUCAAUCGACACUAUGUUCAUCCAAUCGUGAUUGCGAAUGUUUUUCAUUGACGAUAAGUCCAAGUGUAGGAAUUUGUGCUUUAGCUGUGUUGCGUUGUACCGAUGUUGUCCGAUGCAAUACAGAUAAUCGAACAUGUCCUAUUGAAAAUACAGUCUGUGUGAACAGUACACGUUGUGGUCAACCAGUCUGCUAUUCACUCGCUUUAGCAAAUAAACUCGUUUGUCCAAGAAAUACAACAGCUACGACAACGACAACAACAGUACGAACCACCACAACAACAGCACGAACCGCGACAACGACACGUGCAGGAGGCCUUACAAAUACAACACCAUCCAUAACAAGUGCUCCUUGCAGUACUGCUUCUUGUACUCCUUGUACUUAUACUAAAUAUAAUUAUACUUGUCUUAAUCUUGAUGGUCGUACUCUUAAUGCUUAUAUUCCCUGA